AUGGAGAACUACGUACCAGAUGAGGGAGAACAAGAAAUUGAAGCAAAUAGUCCAUUUCCAUCACCAUUCGACGAUGUCGCCUCGAUGAAAGUAAUGGAUGUAAAGAAAAACACGAAAUUCGGGAACAUUAUCGAUUAUGUCAUCAAAUAUUUCCAGGAUGAAAACAAUCGUUUUGUGAUGUUCAAAGGAGUCGGAGAUGGAGCGGAUAAAUGCAUAUCAUGUGUUGAAGUUUUAAAGAAAAGAUACAAGGAUCCAUUUUAUCAAUGGAAUUCAGUCAACUACGGACGAAAGAUUGUUUAUUGGAAUCCAGUUGUCGACGGAUUAGAUAGGCUACGGGUUACGAUUGAUACACCAGUGAUGUUCAUCUUGGUAUCAAAAGAUCCAUUCCCUGAUGAUUUGCGAUGUUUGAGUAUGCAGACAUCAGUAGAUAGACGAUGUCCAUUUGCGGAAAGUCAAGGAGAGAAUCGAUCAAGUAGAGGACCGUCGAGCAGCCAAAAUACACCGAAGAAACCUCUCAAAAAAGCCAACACCGAUAAAUGGAAACGACCCGAUAAAAAAACCCCAGCAGGACGGCGACAAUUGGAGGUGGAAAGUGAUGAAAGAGCCCGUAGUGUCUGCGAUAGAACGCCACAAACAAUGCGCACAAUAGCAGAAUACGGUAGCUGGAAUUCAACAAUUACACCCGAUAUUUUCUCCAAAGGAAAUGCGACAAAAAUCACGGAUUUGCGUGCAAAUGAUAAGAAUAUUCUUUGGGUGGAACAAAAUUUGGAAACGGGACAUGGUGAUUUGUGGUGGAUUGAGAUGGGAAAUGAAGGAAAAAUUGGGAACAUGAAGAGAUUGGCUGAGGGAUAUUCUGCGGGGACAUCGGUUCAUGAGUAUGGUGGCGGAGCUUUGUCAAUUAAUCGAAAUGAUGGAUCACCGAUCAUUUCAACUCCUGAUGGAAUAUUUUGGAUUAAAGAAUUCAAUGAAAUUAAGAAAGUUAUCGAUGGAAAGCAAAAUUCGAUUCGUUUCUCUGACAUGGAUUCUUUUGGAGAUUUUAUCGUGACUGUUGUUGAAAAUCAUCUCAACCCGGGAAAUCCCAAGAAUUUCAUAGCAAUGAACAGAUUAGAUGGAAAUGGAGAAAUGAAAAAUGUUGCUGAAGGAGCUGACUUUUAUGCAGCUCCAAGAAUCAGUAAAGAUGGAAAAUUUUUGACGUGGAUGCAAUGGAAUCACAAUAAUAUGCCAUGGGAUGAGACAUCGAUUUUUGUGGCAGAAAUCACAAGUGAUGGAUUUGUGCAAAAUAAGAGGGAGAUUCUGAGUGGAGUCGGCAAAAAUAUCAAUUACAUGCAACCAUCGUGGUCUGACGAUGGAAAAUUAUAUGUGUUAUCAGAUAAAACAAAUUAUUGGAAUCUUUACGAAGUGAAUGGGUGGAAAAAUGGAGAAUCGUCAGAUCUCAAAACUGUUUACUCGAUCAAUAAAGAGAUUGGCGGUCCAUUGUGGAAACUGGGAGAACAGCACUAUUCAGUUAGAUCGGGGGUAAUCCUAUUCACUGUGGGCAACCAGCUAAAAGUGAAAAUUAAAGAGGAAAUUUCGGAGAUUGUUUUGCCAGAUUACAAUGUUUUCUCUCAGCUUCUUGUAAUCAACAAGUAUUUGAUGUUCUGUUUGGCUCAGGGUUCGAAACGAUCAAGUACUUUGCUUAAAAUUUCAUUUGACGGCACUAAGUAUAUUGGAGAAGCGAUCCGAGAGUCGCGGAGUGCAAAAGAGAUUGAUUCAUAUCCAAUAUCGAUCCCUCGAAUUGUUUCUUAUCAAAAUGAAGGAGAGAUUAUUUCUGGAUGGUUUUUUCCACCAAAAAAUGACAAUUACGAAGCUCCUACCGAAUCCCUCCCACCAGCUAUUAUUCUUGGGCACGAGGGGCCUACAGAGCAAGCUUAUAACGUGUUGGAUUUCAAUCAGCAAUUCUUUACUUCUCGAGGCUUCGCCAUCUUUUUCAUCAAUCAUCGAGGAUCGACAGGAUUUGGAAGUGAUUUCAGAAAAAAAUUGUAUGGUAAUUGGGGUAUCUUUGACCGAGAUGAUAUUAUUGCGGGUGCACACGCAUUGAUCGAUCAGAAAUUGGUGGAUCCGAAAAGAGUUGCAAUUAUGGGGGCAUCGGCUGGUGGAUAUUUAUUGCUAUCUUCAAUUUUGAAAUCGGAAAUCUUUGUGGCGGCCGUCUCAAAUUAUGGUGUUGCUGAUUUGGAGUCAUUGACAAAAGACACUCACAAGUUCGAACUUCAUUAUGUAGAGCAACUUGUCGCAAAAUAUCCCGAUGAGAUUCAAAUUUACAAAGAGAGAUCACCAAUUGAACAUUUAGAGCGUCUCCAUACUCCGAUUGCCUUCUUUCAUGGAAUUGACGAUCGAGUCGUGCCAAAGGAGCAUUCAAUAAGAAUUCAUGAGAUUUUGAAACAGAAAGGAAUCCCAACAGCGAUCAAAUUGUUUCCGGGUGAAGUUCAUGGUUUUGCGGGCUCAAAAGCAAUUCGCGAAUCAAUUGAAGGAGCGUAUUAUUUUCUGUGUCGAGUGAUGAACAUCCAACCAUCGAUCGUUUCAAAUCUUGAAAUCUUCAAUUUGGCUGGAGUCUUCACUUGGACGCCUUCAACGCUCCAAUCAACGCCCGGCUUAAUCGUCGCUGAUUUUGCUCAGCAUUUUGAUCCACUUGCUGCUCCAGAAAAACAACGACUCGACUGGUUCUCAGUGGAUUUAUUCAACGGACCAUCUACCACAAUUCAACCAAAAAGAUCUGUCGAUGUACCAUUUAGAGCAAACUCUCUUUCAUGGUGUGGUGCCGCAUCGGAGGCUCGACCUUAUGGUAUUCUCGUAAUUGGCGGUGAAGGUGGAGCUCUCCAUUUCAUCGACCCGACUGCUUUGAUACAACAUUCACGACUUGAGACGAUUGCUUCUCGAAAGGAUCAUCAGGGACAUGUCCUUGCUACAGAUAUAUCGAAAGACAACAAAUGGGCGAUGAGUGGCGGUGGAACGGGUCAAUUGCUUCUCUGGGAUCUAAAUAAUUUGAGUCAGCCAUUCAGCCCAGGACAACCAUCGUGUCCUGAUCAGGUGAAAUAUAUUAGUUGGAAUGGACAAAUGGAAAGUAUUGUGGCAAGUCUUUCCUCUCAUCGAGCUUCAAUCUGGGAUUUGAGAAAAAAUGGGGCGCCAGUUGUCGAUUUGGCAGAGAUUGGUGGCGGUUGUGAUUGGGCACAGCUGAGCUGGAGUCCAGCUGAUGCAAUGACUCUUUGGACCGCAUCUCAAGCAGAUGCGAAUCCAAUUUUGUGCAAAUGGGACCUUCGUUAUCCAACUUCGCCAGUAAAAGAUCACAAAGUUCAUGGUAAAGGAAUCACCUGCAUCGAUUGGAACCUUGAAGAUUCGCGUUUUUUGUUAACGGCUUCCCGGGAUCAUCAAAUUCUUCUCUCCGAUCCGGAAUCUGGGGAUUCACAUGGGCGUAUUGGAGCAGAAGCAUCUGAUUGGGCAAGGUCGAUGGCGUGGUGUCCAUCAGAACCUGAUCUUGUGGCCGUCCAGUAUUUUCAACACCCGAUUCAAAUUUCUCAUUUACAAGGAUUUCAAGCACUUGCAGAGCAAGAUGAGCAGAAUUUGCAACACUUGGGCGUGGAUCUUUCAUCGAUUCCGACUUGGGUCAGCCGAUCACCCGUUGGCUCAAAAUAUGGACUGGGAUGUCGAUCAGCAAGUUAUCUACGUAAAUGGGACGCAACAUCGAACCAAUGGAAGUAUGAAGUCGAAAUCAAGAAAAUUGAACCAGAUCCACAAAUUCUUCAAAAGGAACAGGAAUUCCAACGAGCAAUCGACUUUCAACAAUUGGCCGGAUUUUGUGAAGAUAAGGCACAUGCGGAAUCUGAACGAGAUAUGCAAACUUUAUGGUUAUUCUUGACUGCCGCAUCAAGCGGCCAAUCAAGAAAGGAGUAUUUGCGCUUGCUUGGAUUUGGUCCUAUGGACGAAAUUCCAUUAAACUCUGUGGCAAAGACAACAACUAGCAUGGAAAAUAUGGACAUACGUGGUCGGAGCGUACUGAGUGCUCACAGUGGGGAUAGCGAGGCUGAAUUAGCUGAAUUAGCAGGCGAUCAACUUCCAUUAGACUUAUCAGCUAUCGAUCACUCAACGUGGUCCACAGUCGGACAUCUAAUAUCUGGUGAUGACGAGAAGGUUUUGAAUCACUUGUUGGAGAAGAAAGAUUUUACGACCGCACUUUUGCUUUAUCGUGAUGAACCGAUGCUGCUACGCAAGGUGGUCAACCAUUAUUUUCAAGAAAAUUUAUCGGCCUCCUCACGCUUACUUGCUUUGUUGGCUACACAUAAAUAUGAACCGCUUGUUAAUCAUGCACAAUCAGCACCUGAGUCCUGGCGCUAUGUUGUGGGCUCAGUGCUAUCAAGAGAAUCUGAUCGUUCAAAAAUGGUUAAAGCUCUGAAGGUGUUAGCUGAUCGAUGGAGACAUGAAAAAUCUACAUCUUUUGUGCAAUCAGCUCUUUGUGCGGUGAUAUCCGGCGAUCCUGAUGGUUUGCUUGGAUCGCUUGAGUCUAAAAAUCUUGAGGAACGAAUAACGGCAGUUCGAGUGUUGACAAGGGCACUUCAUGUUCGAUGUAGUGAUCCGAAAUGGGAGACGUUCGUUGGCACGCAAUGUGGAAGAUUGAUCGAUGUUGGUUGUUUGGAAGCAGCCAUGAAAUUAUUGUCAGAAGCCGAUCUCACUCUGCCGGGUUUGAUCUAUCUUCGUGAUGCACUCAAGAAGACGCUUGGUGGAGUACAGCAACAAGUUUAUGGAGCUCAGCACUAUGGAAAUGACAACAAUUUGACGGCUAUUGGAAGAAGACAAUCGGUGCCUUACCCUCAGCAACAAGCUAAUGUCUACGCACCUACUUCAAAUUUACUCCCCCCUCUUCCGACAGCGCCACCAUCAAUGACCCAGCAACCAAAUUAUGGAAGUUCAAUCUACGGCGCUUCGUCAAACUAUGCUACGAUGCCCACCCCACCAGUUACGAAUCAACCGUAUGGAAAUCCUAAUCUAAUGAUGUCGCAACCUCAAUUUGCUUUGCCACACAAUCAACUGAUGGCACAACGGAGCUACUCACAGUCAGGUCAACCCUCCCUUCAACCAACUGAAGCAGGUCCUCCUCGUUUAUCGGAGGCCCAUGGUUGGAACGAUCCUCCGCCAUUACCAUCGAAGUCCAAUCAACCUCGACCACCUUCCGUAAUGCAGGUUCAAUGGAAGCCAGCUGAAGGAACAGCCCCUGGGCCUAUGAUGGGAAAAUUACCUCCAAUUUCGACCGUAAAUCAAAUGCCCUAUGGACAGGGGAUUUCGCCUGGAUAUAGUCCUGCUAUGGCGGCAGUUGCAUCGUAUGGACAGCCUUCACAGCAAUCUCCUUACCAGGAGCUGAAGUUAACGUUGACACCUGAGGACCAAGGCCUCGUUGAUCGGAUCGUGCAAAUAGCUGACGGCGUCUUGGCAAUGAAUCGUUCAUCGGCAGUGGUAAGCCGGGUGGAAGAGUUGAAGAAACGGCUGAAUAAAGAUUUAACGGAACGAUUGGCUUACAGAAAGUUGGGAGAUACGACAAAGAACUUGUUACACCAUUGUGGCGAGUCAGCUCUUCGAGGAGAUUUUCAUGCUGCUCAACAAAUUACUCAUCAGAUGGUCACGACAGGACAAGAUUUUGUUGAGGUCUCGGCUUUUCUUCCACCAUUGAAGUCAUUGCUUUCCCAAGCAGCCCAAGCUUUUCAGCAGAACUAUCGC